AUGAGUUUGAACACGCAGACCCGACUGCAGACGGCUGCUGACGCCUUGCUCUUCACUGUGCAGAAGACCACGAGCCACCCAGAGCCCAUGCAGAACGGAGAGGCCAUGAGUCCAGACGCACAGGACUCCAGAGGACCGGCGGGGCAGGAGGAGCACCAGGGAGCCGUCCCGUCAGCGCCGCCGCUGCCCCAGGAGCCUCAGCCGUGUCCGAGGCCCAGACUGGUGUUUCACACGCAGCUGGCGCACGGGAGCCCCACGGGACGCAUUCACGGCUUCACCAACGUCAGGGAGCUUUAUGCCAAGAUCGCCGAGGUCUUCGACAUCUCUGCUUCUGAGAUCCUCUUCUGCACGCUGAACUCGCACAAAGUGGACAUGCAGAAGCUUCUGGGCGGUCAGAUCGGUCUGGAGGACUUCAUCUUUGCGCACGUGAGGGGAGAAACUAAAGAGGUGGAGGUCGUUAAAACCGAGGACGCGCUCGGUCUCACCAUCACCGACAACGGCGCGGGAUACGCCUUCAUUAAAAGGAUAAAGGAAGGCAGCACCAUUGACCGAAUCAAGACGGUGUGUGUGGGCGAUCACAUCGAGGCCAUUAAUGACCAGAGCAUUGUGGGAUGUCGACAUUAUGAAGUGGCCAAGAUGCUAAAGGAGCAGCAGAGAGGAACGCCAUUCACCCUGCGCCUGGUCGAGCCCAAGAAAGCCUUCGACAUGAUAGGCCAAAGGACGCGAGCGCCAAAGUCCAGCGAGGGCAAAAUGGUUAGUGGGAAAGAGACGCUGCGGCUGCGCUCCAAAGGAUCGGCCACACUGGAGGAAACCCCCAGUGAGUUCGAAGACAAGGCCAUCAAGAAGGUCGAUGACCUCCUGGAGAGUUACAUGGGGAUUCGAGACCUUGAGCUCGCUACUACCAUCGUAGAAGCCGGGAAGAACAAGAGGAACCCAGAUGAUUUUGCCGAGGCACUCGACUCAGUUCUGGGUGACUUCGGUUUUCCUGAUGUCUUUCUGUUUGACGUUUGGGGCGCUAUGGGAGACGGGAAGAACGGACGCCUUUAAGAGAGUACAUCAGACAUCUAAGAGACAUUCAAGCUUGACGUCUGUCAUCUGUUUUCAUAUACUCAAUCCUCCCAAUUCCCACCUUUAUCCUGAGGAAGGAGAACGUCAAGGUAUUAGCGGCUAAUCAGCAUGCUAACGCAAACAUCAAGUGUGUAAAGCUGUAUGAUUAAGUAGGUCAGACUGUAUUUCCCACCAAUGUUUAUAGCGAACUAGGAUAUAUACCAAUCUUUUAAAGUGUUUUACAUGAUAACUUUGACAUUUAGAAGUAGUAUAUGUUAGCUUAGCUUAGACUAGCCUUUCCUUGAUUUGAUGUCUUUUGUGUUAUUUAUAAAUACAUUGUGUUACUGGUGAAAUGAAUGAUCUUUUACGAUUAAUGACAGAUCUUGUGACACGAUUAGCUUGUGUAUAUAUGAAUAAUAUUUAAUCAAUUCUGUGCACAUCUAAUGUGUGUUUAACUUAAAAAUCUACUAAAUGCGUAUUGUAUAUCCUGUUUUACAACUGUUUUAGAUGACUUGAUGUGACAUUUGAAUAUAUGCAAAGAUUAAAAACAUACCACAAAUUGACUUUUUGUACAUUCACAUUACAAAGAGAGCAACAAAUGGCUCACAAAUUUCCUUUAGACAAAGUGAAAUUAAAUUCUGCACAAAAAUUACACCAAUCAGAAAAUGGCGACAAGUAUAUAACACCGAAAGAGCACUCCAAAUCUGUGAAUGGCCACGCUCUUUAGUCUCGAACUACUUAAAUAUUUCUGUGUGUGUGCAUAACAUGGUUAAUUUGCAGCUAGUUAUGCUAAUGCUAAUUUAGCAUUAACAGUCAUAGCCGUGAAAUAAUUGCAGACUGGGAAUGCUUUCAUGAAUUUAGUUGACAUUACUUAUCCAUAGUUGUUUCCUGUUAGCCAAGUGCACACUUAAAUACAGAAGUUUAUCAUCAUGAUUACGGUCUGCAACCAAAACCCCCUUGUUUUUAUCCAACGUGUGAACUACUGAGAGGUUGAAGACCCCAGACAUUCUUUUUAGACAUUUAAUCAAAGUUGAAACAUGGAACUGUUGGUCAAAAAUGUUCUAUAAAUAUAAAAUUACCAUAAAUCAAUGUUGUUUACAUGCAAGAAACUGUCUUUAGUUUAAACUAGCUGAUAAGACUCUCAGCAUAAUAAUUGGCUAAAGCAAUCUAAACACAAGAGGGUUGAAUAAUGAUUUUUAUGCAGCAAUGCUCAGGUUUACAAGUGAUAUCAAAACAGAGAUGAGAUCAAAACUCUGACUGCAUUUGAUGCUAACUUUGUGUCUCCUCACACAAUAAUAGCCAAAUUUGUGCUGGUAAUAAUACUGGUUAAAUUCCUCAGAAGACAAAAAUGUUCCAGAAAUAAAGAAGAAUCGCUUUUGUGGUGGAAGUUGUCUGCCAUUUUAUCCAAGUGUGUGGUCCUCAAAGUCUUAUCAGAAAGGAAAAGGAGGAUGUUUGUUUAAGAAGUGAGCCAAAACUGCUCAGUCACCCCACAUUAAGCCCAGUUUGCAGUUUUCUACUGUAUGUUUUCACUGUAGCCAUUGAGUAUACAGUCUUGUCUUUUUAUCUGAUUUUUAAAUAUAUUUUCCCUUUGAAUGAGAGUUAAUUUUGUGAUUUACAUCCUAGUUGGUUGGUUUGGUUCAUUGCUCUCAACUCUUUUAAAAAUCCCUCUGGGGAAAACACUCCAGGAACCGCUGAAAGUGGGCGGGAGCUAUUGUGCAAAGGCUCCACCUAAAAAAAGACAUGAUUUCCUUGUUGUUGGCUGUUUGGUUCAUGGUUGGGGUUUCUUUUUAAUGAAGACUUUUCCAGAUACCCACAUUUGCGGUCUUUGCACUUCAUCACUUGACUACUUCUUUUCAAUAACUGAUGGGACACACUUAUAGUGUUAUAAAAAACACGUUUAAACUUUUAAAUAUCUGUUUAGUAGUACCUACAGUAUUGUUCAAAAUAAUAGCAGUACAAUGUGACUAACCAGAAUAAUCAAGGUU